GUUGGUCUGCGGCGCUGGACCCUGGAAACGGCCCCUGCUCUAUCGGACAAGCGGAGAAAAUGAGACGUCGGCCCCGCAGCAUUAGUCAAACCCACGGAACAAGAUGAUCAAGCAGAGUCCCUGGGCCCCAGAAGGCUCCGACGGUGCAGAGGAGAGCUCCACCGCCGGGACCCUCACCCCGCAGACCACCCUCGACCAGGCCGCCUCCGUGGAACCGCAGGACGGCCUGAAGUUCCCUGCGCCUCCCGGGCCCUCCAGCACCACCACGACAACCGGCCCAGGGCAGCAGCCAUGUCAACACGAACAAGACCAGGCAAAUAUUAAACUGGAACUGGAAGUCGGUGACCCCCAGGAUGAAGGCGGAACUGCCAAAGCCAUAAUGCCCACGGCCUCUCUUUGCAACACAGGAAAACGGAAACGCUUGAGACCUGGUUCCUCCACAGAUCCCCUAACAGGUUAUAUGAGGUGCCGCAAUGACACCUCACUCUCUUUGCUGACACGGAGGUUUGUAGAACUGCUAAAGGAGUCCUCCAAUGGCGUGAUCAACCUAAACUCAGUCACCCUUCAGCUCAAUGUCGCCAAGAGGCGUAUCUACGAUAUCACCAACGUCCUUGAGGGGAUCCAGGUCAUCAGAAAGAAGUCCAAAAACUAUUUUGAGUGGAUGUGUUCUCCAAUCAGUAGGGAAGAUGCUGAAGAAAUGGAGGCUCUCAGUGAGCAGGAGAGGAAGCUGGACGAGGCGAUUGCAAUUUGUAUGGUCAAAGUUCAGCAGAUGUGGGCGAACGGGAACAAUCAGAAAUUUGCCUAUUUGACGCAUGAGGAUGUUCAGAUGAUCCCAAGUCUGAAAACCCAGACUGUGAUUGUGAUCAAAGCUCCUCCAGAGACAAAACUGGAGGUCCCACAUCCAGAGGAGAGGCUCCAGGUCCACCUCCGAAGCACCCGGGGGCCCAUUGAUGUGCUCGUCUGCUCCGAUGACCCCAACUCUUCGGCCGGCCGAGAUGUCUCUGUGGCCAAUCACAGCCACUCGAAGUUGUCCACCAGUAGGAAUGACUCGUCCUUCGCCCAUAUGUCUUCCAAACAUGAGGCUAACAAUACACCCGGAAUCAAUAGUCUCUGCAACACGCCGUCCGAUCCGACACAACAUUCAUCACCGGUUACUGUUGCCCCCACCUCCCGUUCGCCCACCCCCCUCACCUCCCUACGACCCCCCUCGGAAGACCCGCAGAGCUUUGUCACUCGCGCCUCACCCGUGGCCUUCUCUGUUGAUGGGGAGCAGUUCCUCGUGAGCCUGGCUGACGACGAGGGCAUCACUGACCACUACUCCUCUGUGGACCAGGGGCAAUUUCCAGUGAAGAUGCCCCUUGUCUGAGCAGCUGUUUUCUAUUGAAAUAAUCGGGGCGGCAGCGGAUACCUUCACACAAACGGGAUAUCGCAGGGAAUUCUAAUGGAAUUACAGCUCUGAAUGUGAUUUUGUACAUAGAUAUCCAAAUUAACCUAUCCUGGGCAAUGUAACUCUGGUUUACUCACACUCAGGUAUGUGAAGGUAGAUGCAACACAAAAACAUUACAGCAGAGCUUUAUUGCAAUCACCCUAUUGUUCUGAAUACUAAGGUAGACGUCCUUGCGACUUGUGGACUUAAAGGAAACUGUGGAACAAAGUUCCUGUCGUGAACAUGAAGGAGCUUUCUCGACACAGCCAGGAGAUUCAACCGUCCGUUUUGCCUCAUUAUCUGCUGAGAUCCCUGUUUUAAAACUCCUGGUCCUUUGCCGGACUUCAAGCAAAAGUUCCCCAGUGGACGGUGAUUGUGCAGACCAACAUUUUUUCCCCCUUAUUUUGAGACUGCUGCUGCUGAAGAAAAAGUACAUUUCUGUGCCUCAUUCCCAAGAGUUUAUCACUCAUCACUUUGCACUGACACGGAAAUACCCCACUUGUCUUGGGUUGCCGGUCGUGUCAUGCACUGAUCCAUUCUUCGCUCAUCUUAUCUCGACAAAGGAUCUUGGCAGAUACCAAAUGCGGCUCUGUUUAGAAAUCUGUAUAUCUCACAGAAUUUUAAUAAUUGUGAUCUGAGGUAUAACGUGGCUGAGGAAGGCUGCAGCUCUAACAACUGAAGUGAUGCCUCAUGUCUGAAUAAUACACCUGGUAUUGGAUUCACGGAAUUUAAUAUCACUGACAAGCUGUAUGUAAUGGGGAUCAGACAUUUAUAAUGUGUUGGAUUGGUGCUUUCCUGUCAGCUAUGCAACACAAACAACAGCAUAGCUCAGUCUGUCUGUCUGACUUUUGGCUUCACAGUUUCUCAGGGCUCUGGGACCUUUAGCUAGAAGUGAAUUUUGUUUUACAUUUUUUGAAUCAAAAAUGUUUAUGGCAUUUCCCAAAGUUUGACAUUAUUCAUUUUGAGUUCAUGAUUUGAUUGUAGCACUGUGUCAAGGACAUUGUGUCAAUGCUUCUUUUGUAUUUAGUCUACUUCACAUUACACGAUGUUCAGCCCAACCGGCCAAUGCUGAUCAGUUUUCCAAGUGGCCGACAAACACCUUCGAUCGGCAGGCACUAUGUGUGAACUCCUCAAAGACGUGACUAUAGAGGCUCGCUGAGGCGUCUCAUACUCUGAUGCCUUUUUAUAGAUAUCAUUUCCAGAACAGAAGGAGUUUGGGAUGUGCUCGGUUAGUUUUCUCUUGGCCUCAAUUGUGGCCCGAGCUGUUCUUUAUUGUUUACAACUGAACCGUUUCAUUGCCUUCACUGCCUUGACACAGAAGAGCAGGAGAUCCACAGGGAUCAGCGUGUCUCCUUGUGUGUGUUUUUUCGUGAUUUAGAUAUAGUUUGCGGAUCAGUCGUUCCUCCUGAACUCACAAUUACUGCAAGACCUCAGAUUACAAGACAGUCAUGUUGUGUGAACUACCCAGUGAGUCUCAUAGUAUGUAAUCAAUUUUGGUUGUGAAGAGUCAUCGGGCUCUCCAAUUCACCGACUGCUUUUUGAGACGUUAAACAUCUCGGCAAGUUAUUUUCUGAGGUACAGAUGCAGCCUGUCAUCAACCCUGUGGCUGUGGAUAAACACAACAUUAUUUAUGUUACGAUGUGACUUGGUACCAACUUAACUGAGAAAUCUCCUUUCUGUAGAAAAACCUGUCCGUGAUCAUAUUACCAAAUCAACCUUGGAGAGUGAAAGGUUCCUGUUGAAGUUUGAAGUGACCUUUAAGGCUUAAUCUUCUCCUUUGAGCGCUGCUUAAACAAAAAAUUUGAAAACUACAGGAAAAUAAAUCUAUAAACGUAUGAAAAGGUUGUCAUUUGUCCUUAAAGCCUACUUCAGAAAGAGCCAGACCUUUGUUGAAGAGCUGAAAUAAUAACAGAAUACCUCUCUACAACCAUUUUCAUAAUAUAUAGAAUUUAAUUUAAUAAUUUUAAAACUAAAAAUUCUAAACAUUUGCUGUUCCGAGCUUCUUAAAUAUGAAGAUGUUUUGCUUUUAGGAACGUAUGAGACAUCUCUGGAUCAGGUAAAUUAUAGCAGGAAUUUUUCAGUUAUGCUUCAACUUAAUAAACAACAAAAAAUUAUUUGAUCUAUGAUACAAAUCAUUUUUGGGUGCCAGCUUACUGUCAUGUUUACAGUUAUUAGAAAUUGACCAGUUCCCAGUUUGAAUCGCUGGCCCAUAUGUUGAAGUUCAAGCCGGUUAAAGAAUGAUCACCUCCACUGGUGGGUUUGUGUGUGAUGUCAUUAAGAAAACUAACACAGGGUAGGUUUGAGCAUUCUUGAGAAUGCAAAACUAAAGGUCUAAUGUUGGCAUGUUGGUUUUUUUGUAACCUGCUCUUUAGAGCUUCCACGUCAUGGAUUUUCUUAUUUACAAUUUCUGUUAAACUCAGUUGACAAAGAGUUUGCAUCACGAAUGCUGUGCACCAAAGUUGUGCCCAGGGACCUUGAGGGCUAAAUGGCUGUUAUGUGAAGGUAAACUGACCGUCAAGCUGAAAUAAAUGCCUGUUCACAUGAGUUCACACUGUAUAUUCACUUAUUGUUAUUUGUAUUUCAGCAGUUACCCAUAAAGACAAUGAUAAUGAGGUGAUUCAUGUUCUCAGAGUUGAGGUAUAACAAUAGUUAUUACAAUAUAAAAAAGGUUGAAUGUAUAUUGCUAUAUUGCUUAUGCAUUGUGUAAACACAGUAUGGAGGUAUAACACAUCUACCUCAGAUUUAUAAAAUGUUUUUUCUGUUUGUCGACUGUUUGUCAUUCUCAGCUCAUAAAUAAAUCGAGAUGAUUAUCAA